UCCGUGGGGGUUCAUCCUGUGAUUCUAGGUGGUCCAAACGUCGAAGCUUUGUCCAACGAGAAGAGGCGCAUUUGAUUCUCAUCUAUCGCCGCCACUCGAAGAGUUUAUCCCCAGUCUGUGCUACUAUCUGGGUUUGCGAUACACCGACCAUGAUAGAGCAAACUUGAAUUCGAAAAGGUUAAAUACUCCGUGUCUUGUUAAGCUGUCAUUGUCGUUCAAAAUACACACUUCAUUUAUAUAUAUCCCUGCUAUCCCGUUACUCGGUUACCAUAGGAAAAGGACGAUAAUUGGCAACAGUCCCGUAACGUCCCUACGUACUUAGCACCUGUCCGGACCGUGGAACUUACUAGCACCGAAAGUCUGGUACCUUACCAGGUUGCACAUUCGUCGGUCGUUGAGCGGCAAAUAUGGGUUUAUUAGCCUUAGGCACGGCUCUUGAUUGGCCGGAUGCGCAGAAGCACGCGCAGAAAGUUAGGGAAUGGGGUAUAAAGCAAUUACUCGAAAUAUGGAACAAGGCUAAGCACAAGGAGCGAGAUGCUAUGCUGUGGGGUGAUGAGGUAGAGUACUUGGUUGUGAAAUAUUCCAAAGAUGACCCCAAGGUCCUCUUAUCGCUUCGGCAAGCUGAUAUCUUGACGGCCCUGGCGGCCGAUGAGGAACUUUCCGACAAGGGCGGUUGCGUGCCAGCACUUCAGGAUGUUGAGUCGCAAAAGUCGAACCCAUUGCCGGUAUUCCACCCCGAGUUUGGUAGGUUCAUGCUCGAGGCUACGCCUGGCAAGCCGUGGGGCAUUGGAUUUAAGGAGCUUUUAGGCGUGGAACGCGACAUGAAGAUUAGGAGGAGGAUUGCUAAAGAUCACAUGCAUUCUGACGAAUAUCCUAUUACCCUCACGACGUUUCCUCGCUUGGGCGUCCCGGGUGUCUUCACAGACCCCUAUUACCCAGCUUCUGGGCCGAAGCUGCGGUCACAGUUUGUGCCAGAUGAAAUUGCUAACCCACACAUCCGAUUUCCUACCUUGGCAGCUAACAUACGCUGGCGGCGCGGGAGAAAGGUCCAAGUGAACGUCCCCGUGUUCCAUGAUGAGAAGACGCCAAACCCAUGGAAGGAUCCCACAGUCAACUACGAUCUUCAUAACUGGCCAGAGGACGACGAUGUGAGGAAUGGUGCAGCCCCUGAUAACUUUAUUCAUAUGGAUGCCAUGGCAUUCGGAAUGGGGAGUUGUUGUUUGCAAAUCACUUUCCAGGCAAAGAACAUCACCGAAGGUAGACGGAUGUAUGAUCAGCUAAGCCCAAUAGGUCCGAUCAUGCUAGCCUUAACAGCAGCAACCCCUAUAUAUAAGGGGUUCCUAGCCGAUACUGAUGUCCGCUGGAAUCAGAUCAGUCGCGCUGUAGAUGACCGUACCCCCGAGGAAUUAGGAGAAAAGCCCCUGAAAAACAAUCGAUGGCGUAUUCCUAAAUCUCGCUAUGCGUCCAAUUCCACCUAUAUCAGUACCGAUGCGCGUCUGAGACCAGAAUACUUUGACCCUAACCUCGUCAUUGACGAAGCUAUCAAGGCGGAGCUCCUAGAAGGCGGCAUGGAUGACCGUCUUGCAACACACUUCGCCCACCUAUUCAUCCGGGACCCCAUCGUAAUCUUUAGCGAAGAUCUCAAGGAGUUGGACCUAACCAAGGCCGAUCACUUCGAGAAUAUUCAAAGCACCAACUGGCAACACAUGCGGUUCAAGCCGCCUCCACCCGGGUCCGAUAUCGGCUGGCGCGUCGAGUUCCGGCCGAUGGAGAUCCAGAUCACGGACUUCGAGAACGCGGCGUUCGCGGUGUUCAUGGUGCUAAUUACGCGCGCGAUCCUCAGCUUCGAUCUGAACUUCUACAUCCCCAUCGCCAAGGUGGACGAUAACAUGGAGACGGCGCACGCGCGCGACGCCGUCCUCGAGAAGAAGUUCCACUUCCGCAAGAACCCGUUCGCGAAUCGGCCCCCGCGGUCUGGCGCCGCCUCGAGCCAGGGCUCGCCCACAGCCAGCCGCCCGCCGACACCGGUCGGCCCCGUCGAGGACGAGUUCACGCUGAUGAGCGUCGAUGAGAUCAUCAACGGCGCGGGACCGGACGCCGACCACGAUUUCCCCGGCCUGAUACCGAUCGUGGAGAGCUACCUCGACUCCGUCAACGUCGACGUGCAGACCCGCUGCGACCUGUCGACGUAUCUGGACCUCAUUCGCAUGCGCGCCAGCGGCGAGCUAUGGACUGCGGCGAAGUGGAUACGUCAUUUUGUGGCAGGACACCCCGGCUAUGCGCGUGAUAGUGUGGUCUCCGAUCAGGUUACAAAGGACCUCGUAGCAGCCGUUGUGGAGAUUGGCGAGAGGGAGCAGGAGGGGCGUGGGUGGAAGGAUCUUGAUGUGCCGGAUGUGCAACGUUUGUUGGGGAAGUUUAGGAGUAGUGGGUGUGGUGGUGUUUAGACUGAUUGGGCGGAUAGGAGGCUUUGAAUCGACCAAGGCGAGGUCAGGCUGAGACUCGGGUUGGUCAGGUAGCUAUAUGUACUGGAGUAGCUACCUACCUAGGUACCUAGAAGUUCGCCUGCUCCUUGGGCACAUAUACGACAGUGUUUUCGCGAUUGGCGGAUCUUCGCGCCGUGGCUGCUCAUCUGCCUACCUCAUAGCCACGUAUGUAUGUACAUUGAUCAAAUCAAGUUUCUGCCCACCUAGGGUACCUACAUGCACACGAGGGUCGCCCACAUCAAAUCACCUGGCUUCACGGUGUUGAAGUGGCAGAACUUGUCGGGGGCUUAUGACUACGGUCAGAUGAAUCGAAUACUGCUGGACGUCUCCAACACAUAAUCU